AGAAAUUCAGGCACCAAUAUACAGCAUCUAUUAGGGGUCCUAAAGUUGACCCGCUAGGUUUACUUUUCAAAAUGGUGGGUGAAGCGUAUCUGUUUUGGAUUCUUUCUGUCCUGCAAGUGGUAUCUGCUUAUGGUACAGAGUUGUCUUCUGAAGCAUGUAGAGAACUUGGUUUUUCCAGUAAUCUUCUGUGCAGCUCCUGUGACCUUCUGGGACAGUUCAGCCUAAAUCAGCUGGAUCCUUUCUGCCGCAAAUGUUGUCAGGAAGAAGCACAGCUAGAAACCAAAAAGCUCUAUGCAGGGGCUGUUUUAGAAGUAUGUGGAUGAAAACUGGGAAGGUUCCCUCAAGUCCAAGCUUUUGUCAAGAGCGACAAGCCUAAAAUGUUCAAGGGCCUUCAGAUUAAGUAUGUGCGUGGCUCUGAUCCUGUACUAAAGCUGCUGGAUGAUAACGGGAACAUCUCUGAAGAACUGAGUAUCCUCAAGUGGAACACUGAUAGCGUUGAAGAAUUCCUCAGUGAAAAGCUGGAAAGGCUUUAAUUUAUACGAUUUUCAUACAUUAAUAGAUAAAAUAGUAUUUUUGUCUAAAAAGCAGUACAAUGUCUAGAUCCCAUCCCAUAUGAAACUGCUGUGUGUUUUUGUUUAGAGUACCAUUUUACAUUUCGGGGUUUUUUAAUGCCUCAAAAGAUAAUGCUACAUUUAAAUAUAUCAAACUACUACAUCAAGAUAAACAUUUAAUCAAUGUGACCUAAGUGAAUUAAAAAAAAAAAAUCCUGUAAAUUUUCUGAAGCAAUGAUUGUUUGGGUUGUUACUCCAUUUAUGCAAAAAGUCAAAUAAUAAAUGUUUACCUAUCAAUGCCAUUUUUAAUAUAUGUUUAAAGGCAAAAGACAUUAUAUGCAAGUACCAAAUACUCUAAGCCAUUUUCUUUGAGGAAAGGGUUAGUGAAUUUUCAUAUCUACAUAAAUAUAGUAAAUUUUCUUGUGAGUAACUUUGAGUAUCAUAUUACCAGUGAGUUGAAAGAGUAGAAGUGUAUCACUGCCUUCUCAGUGUUGUAUCUGGUAGGUGUACGUUUGUGAAGGAUGCACAGUAAACCUUUCUUAAAGGAAUGUGUACCCUGAUGUCUUUGCACUGCUGCCAGGUACCACUGAUGCAGAUCAAGAGUUUAAAUAAAAUAUGCUUUUUGUUUU